GACCAAUGGGAGAAAAAGAUGGAAAUGGUACAAAAGGCUCAGCUGGUGAGAUAGGUAAAAACAGAGAUGUAGGAAAAAGUGGUCGGAAAGGCAUAAUUGGAGACAAAGGUGCAGUUGGCACAAAAGGUCCAAAUGGAGACAAAGGUGCGGUUGGUGAAAAGGGUCACAAGGGCGAAAGAGGCCUAACUGGUCUACUUGGUCCUACCGGAAGCAGAGGAUUAGCUGGAGAAAAAGGACAAACAGGUGAUAAAGGUCAAAAUGGGGAAAAUGGACUUCCUGGCUCAAAUGGUGAACAUGGUGAAAGGGGUAUCAGAGGUGACAAAGGCUCAAUAGGAAUUAUCGGUCCUAUUGGCAACAAAGGCCAAAGAGGAGAACGAGGACAAAAGGGUGAAAAAGGAAGUCCUGGAGAAUCAGCUAUUACAGUUAUGUGUGGAUCUGGAUGGGAACAGUUAAUGAAUAGUUGUUACUACUUUCAAUUACAAUCAAAGAAGACAUGGAAUGAUGCAAAGAUUGAUUGUCGUAACAGGGGAGGAUUUCUUGUCAAAAUUGACAAUGCCUUUGAAAACUGGUUCUUGAAAUUCUUUAUAAAUAAGAGCCAAGGUGACUUUUGGAUUGGAGCACACGAUUCUGUACGAGAAGGACGCUUUGUAUGGGAAGCUGACAAUACACCACUUACUUAUACUAAUUGGAAUCCUGGCGAACCAAACAAUGCUGGCAACAAAGAAGACUGUGCAUAUUUCUUUUCUGGGGAUAUAAGCAAAUGGAAUGAUGCCCCAUGUUCAUAUACAACUUUUUACAUUUGUGAGAAACAUUAAGCUAAACGUACUAUCAUAUAAUUGUGUAGAAUAUUUAGGGACUACACCCUGUUAAUAAUGCAACAAUAGCUUAGCAGUUGUUUAAUUCGCUCUCUUAUAAAAAAAAGAGUGUGUCUAUUUUUGGAAAUUUUGAUAGCGCUCGAUAGUCAAAACAAUAGGAACACACAAAUCAAAUUAGAAAAAGUAGAGCACUUAAACAAAUAAAAGUUCGUAAAAGUAGCGCCAUUUUAUAUCUGUUAAGACCAUUUUCAAAGUUUUUUAAAUGGUGAUUUUACAAAACAUUAGCUUGUCAUUUAUAUUUAAUGUCAACAGGAUAACUUAUCAGCUAACCUGUGAUAUCCUUGAUUAAACGUAGGCAGUUGUAUCACCCCGAUCGUUAUAAAUACAGAUCUACGAUAAGUGUUGAUAGUUUUCUAAGACACAAAGAAAUCCUAUAAAUAAAUCUCAGAAAUACAUCAAAAUAUUAUCUGAAUUUUAUUAUUUGUUUGGAGAAAAAGAAAAUGAAUGUAUAAUAACAUUUAUAAGAACAUGAACAAAGAGUAAGAUAUAUUUACAAGAUGUUUAAUACCAAAGAAGAAGUGUUACUAGAUUAUUAUACAAGUGACUCUUAUAAAAGAUGUCGCAUUUAACCAAUGUUCAAGACGACUUUAUGUAACUGAAUAACACUUGAAAUGAGAUUGAACUCUGACCUUGUUUUUAGUGAAAUAAGAAACUCUCCCUAUAACAUUGAAUAUAGACGAACAAAAGAUUUGUCUAAUUUAAGGUUUCGAAAAACAUUACAUCAUUGUUUACAAUAUGCAUAUUAUCUUAACGUUUUAAGACACAUUAUUCUUACUUUGAGACAUCUAGGCAAUUUUAAAUUCGUGAUUUGUCCGAUUGAAAAUCAAAUUCACCCAAUUCAUAAACAGUAAAAUGCAAACAUAACGACACUAUUCCCAUAAACAAGCUUAUUGUCCUGAUUUCAAUAUGUUUGCAAAACAAAAUACAUGAUAAACAAGUUGCUGCAAAUUAUUCUAUAACAUUAAGACUGACAUGUAGUUUAUACAGGGAAUGUUUAUCACAUAACACAUACUUGUUUUGACCUCACUGGAUAACUGUUAUUUAAGAGCAAGUGCCAGAAACAUAAAAAAUGGCAUUUUAUAUAUAAUUAAAAGAUAUUGAUGAUUACUGUUCAAAAGGGUAUAUUGUGACUAACAAUAGUCGGUGAAAGAUGUUUUGCAUGUGCUUACUAUGGAUUCAUUAUUAUUUAUGGGGUACCAAUUUUCGAUGAUUUCGUGAGUACAGGGAAACCUCAAAUAUUAAUUUCAACGAAAUAUAAGUUUACUUCACACUCUUCGUUAAGCACAAAAUCAAAUAUCCACGAAAUGCACGAAAAUUGGUUCCCACGAAAAUGAAUUUAUUCACAAAUUUUAGCUUCGUUAUUAAUAAAACAUUAACACUGUAUAACUGUGUUAUGACCGCAUAUUUUUCAGUUCCCUUCAGUAGGAAAGUUCUAACUUAAAUAUUGAAAGCCACAGAUGUUUAACUGCCUAAACUAGUGAAAAGUUU